AUGACAACAAACUUCCCGCCCUUCGAUCCCGCGGAUCUCGCGGCAUCCAGGGUGGAGCUCGACAUUGUCCUCCUCUAUUCUGUCGACGCAGACGGAACCCAUCGCAUACGGUCCAAAUCAUUCUAUCGGUACCACCUCGACCCUCGCCUGCCCGAGAGCACAACAGACGACACUGGGAACAUUACCUAUACGGAGGACGAUACCAGACACAGGCUCGACAAAGUCGCAUCCUCCAUCGAGGACGAUAUUCAGCGCAAUCUCAACGGCCAGCACUCGGAAGAGCACGAGCUGGCGGCUUCUGUGGCUAGGACAGCGGGCGACAAGGCGCUAUCGCGGGGAUUUAACAGAUUCGGCAUGCAGUGGUCGGUGGGUUCGGUCUCCGUGGGAACUGUCUUGUGCUCGAUUGUGCUGUUUCCAACGGCGGAUACCAAGGGAGAUCGAGUCUGCUACGUCAAGAGCAGGCUUGCCAUAUCGCCAGACUAUCACGGGCCCGACGAGGAGCGAAUAUACGCAACCCAGCUGGACGAUGCCGAAAAGGAACUCGACACCUCUUUGGCUGCAGCCAUUGCCACCAAGAUCGCGUCAAGUUCAGGCGGCUUGACUGCCGAUGAGAGUACAGAAGGCCUGAAUCCAGAGCGCGGUCCAUGGCCCCUGUGA